AUGUGCCAGCUACGCCUCGGCACGCCGUUUCUCCUACUGGCGGUGUUUUUGCUGCUGUUGGUGUGUUGCGCCGCUGGGUGCCUCGCCGACGCUCCCGCUCGGAAGCACCGCUGCGGGUUUGACGAGAUGAUGGAGAGGGGACCGCCGGCGACUGCGGUGGUGCGUGAUGUGCCGCGCAGACGACAGGGUGAGAUGCAGGCGUACACUGUCGCCGCACAAGGCGUGGAGAGUGAGUGGGCCCCGAUCCGCAUCAAGGUCUCUGCAAAGGACAUGUACGACCCGUCGAAGCACUGUGCCGCAGUGGGGGAUAUGAGCAUGCCCGAUGGCAGAAGGGUGAAAUGCGAAGGGAAGGAUCUGUUGACGGAGGAGAAGAAGGACAUUAUUUUGAAGCAACUCCUCCCGGCCGCAAUUAACUUGCACUCUGAGCGUUUAUCUGUGAAGCCUGAGAGUGGGGCGGUCGUUUUACCGACAACACGCUUACGGACAUGCCACAAGUUCACUAUUCCUCGUAAGCACCACACGGAGGGUGUGCGGGACGCCGACCUGGUUCUCUACGUCAACGCCUUUCCGAUUGAUGCAACUGCGUGGGCGAUUCCAUGUGCCAUGCUGGAAAAUGGUCGUCCAUUUGCCUCUGCCGUGAACUUUAAUCCUGCGUAUAUAGAGGCUACACAUACAUUCGUACGUAUUGCAGCGCAUGAGAUGGGGCACGCUCUCGGGUUUGAACAAGGACGCUUUUGGAGAUUUAAUUUGUUUUCCUUGGUAUUCAGCCCAAGCGUGAACAGAAGUGUAUGGAUGAUUACCUCUCCGAAGGUGUUGGAGGUGGCGAGGAAGUACUACAACUGCCCCAGACUUAUGGGCGUGGAAGUUGAGGACACGGGUGUGGGAUCCAUGAUGUCGCACUGGAAGAGCCGCAACACGGUGGACGAAAUGAUGACGAGUCUUGGCGGAGGUUUCAUGUAUUACUCGGCAUUCACGCUUGCGGCAUUUGAGGACAUGGGUGUGUACAGGGCCAACUACAGUAUGGCGGAGCCGUUGCGAUGGGGCAACAACUCUGGUUGCGGGCUGCUGGAAAAUAAGUGCUUGACUAACGGCAGCACCGACUACCCUGACUUGUUCUGCAAUGAGUUUACGGGGAGGCACAAGUUGCUCUGCACGUAUGACCGUCUUUCUCUGGGGUACUGUGCACUGAGGACACACAAGCAGCCCCUUCCACCGGAGUAUCAGUACUUCUACAAACCCACCAUUGGCGGUAGUUUGCCCUUUAUGAAUAAAUGUCCGCAUGUUGUGGCAGUUGAAGCAAGUGGGUGUACCAACGGUGAGUUAAAGAGAGUCUUUGGAAGUUUCGUUGGCCCCAACUCACGUUGUGUAAAAGGAAGGGAUCUUAGGUUUACUAAAACCCCCAUUGGCGAUGUGUGCGUAAACACUAAAUGCGACAAAGGAGCACUGAAGGUGCAGUUCUAUGGCGACACAAACUGGUACAACUGCAAUGAGGGUGAGACAGUCGAACCAUUGAAGAACGACUGGAGUGGAAGUAUUGUGUGCCCCAGAUACGCUGAUGUGUGCACGGUCUUCCCCGCCAUUAAUGUCUACCCAAUACCGGUUCUUGAUCCACCUUUGAUAGACAAUGCAACAUCCACAGAGGAUGCAGAAACAGUUAAAAGUGGGAAUGCCAAGACGGACAUUAGCCGUACCGGAUUCAAUGGGGAAAUUUCGAUGCAUGACGCAAGUGCCACACACAAUACCAACCAGCAUGUUAAAUCAGGCGACAUCUAUUAUCUUGAUCCAAGUGCUUCAACGUCAAUGAAUUCAUCGGGCAAUACAUUGGCACCUACCAAGCCAGCGGUCUUUGACCAGAAUCUGUCGCGGAAUAGCAGUAUUGAGAACAUAACAAUUGGGGAUUUGCUGAGGGAGUUUGGAAGCGAUGGCGGUGCAGUUGCGACUGUUGGCUUCAGUCAUCUUGCGCUUUUUGCUGUGACCAAUGCUGCCGUGUUGAUGAUACCUUUUUAA